ACAGAAUUUGAGUAUAUAAUACGGCCGAAGCAUGGCAUCCAAUUCCUGGUUCUUCUUUUGUUUCCCUUGGUGCUUGAAUUUCACUCUGUCGGUUUUUUCUUUGUUUUCAUCGUUCCCAAUCCUUCAGACUCUGAGGAAAUGAUCAACUCUGUGAGUAUGAACAUGGAUGAUCCCAACUACUUGACCCAUGCACAAACGGUCUCCAAAUUCCCAGUCUCCGCCUCAUUCUUCAGUGAAAAAUCCAAUCCAACCAUGGUAUCCGUCAAAAGAUCAAAAUGGAAGGAGUCGUAUUUGCGGGUGAAGUCUUGCCUACUCCGGCUGUUCAUCAAAUACUGGUUCUUGCUGGGCCUUGGAGUCGCCAUCCUGUUAUCCUGGAAAUUUCCUAAUGUAGCAAGACGAGGCGGUUAUCUACGCGCAGAAUGGACCAUCAAAUGGGGUAAUUAUCAAUCAAAUGAUUCCUUUCUUUCUUUGCUGUUCUUCCCAUUUCUGCGCAUUGCAUCUUUUUUUUUCUUUGUACCACCAUAAGAAAAGAAAAUUUUACCAGAGCUUGAGUUAUCGAUUGUUGAUGAUCGGAUUUUAGGAGCGGUCAUUGUAAUAUUUUUGAUCUCCGGACUAUCGCUGCGCACACGGAUCCUCGCCCAGACCAUCCUCCGUAUCCGACUCCAUUUUCUUGU